CACUCACUCACUCCCUCACUCACUCCCUCACUCACUCACUCACUCUCUCACUCACUCACUCACUCACUCACUCACUCACUCACUCACUCACUCACUCACUCACUCACUCACUCACUCACUCACUCAUGUGAUGAAAUAUCCCUGCAUCAAUCAGGCCAGGUUAUUCCACACACACAUCUCUUCACAAACCGUGACUUCCUCGCUGGGGUUUCCAAGGAAGAUCACAACUGUCUGGAACUAAAUUCUGUUCAAAAUGAAUGAUUACAGAUAUGGGGUGGGUGGGGAAAAUGUGUUUUAAAUGUUAAUUCUUCAUUGUUUGUAUUCGCAACAGAAAACAGAAAUCGAAUGUAUUUCUUGGAUAAUGGAGACAGCAUUGUGUUAAACGGAACGGCCAAUGCUGAGAAAGACACUGUUGUUGUCUGGGAAUGGAAACCACACUCAGGGAAGGAAAUCGAAAAUGUCGACUUUUAGAAGAACGGGGAACUCUUGGAUCAAAAGAUAACGCCGCUGGCAACUUGUACCCGGGGAUGAAAGUGAAUACCAGUACCCUUGAUCUAACAAUCGAUAAACCCACAUUUAAUUUGGCGGGAAUUUUCACUUUGAAUCAAACAGAACCGAUAAAGCAAAUCCUGAAACAAUAUGAAAUAUUUGGGAUGAAAGUUGAGGGAAGUCCACGGAAGCCUCUGCUGGGCAGUGACGUUACACUCAGCUGCACCAUCUCUAGACUCUCAGAUACAGUCAGUCUUCACUGGAGACCCAUGGACUCAUCCCAGCAGAACAGGAGCAACACUGAUCAGAUCCGCCUGGAUAACACGGUCUAUCUAAUAGUUCAACACGUUACAGUGGAGGAUGGGAAGCUGUAUGUGUGUGAAGUGCGGGAAAAUGGAAAAAUUCUUCACACAAGUAACGGAAAUGUUACUGUAAACAACGAUUUAUUUGAUGGGGAAUACACACUUUACCGCUCCAGCACCGAUCACAGUGAACUUCACCUGGUUUGUUAUAGUAAUGGUCGUAACUAUUCCCGUGCUGAGUGGACCUGGUCACCUCACCGCCAUCAAAAGCAGAAAGUAAUAGCAUCUGCAAACCGUUCUCAGCCCAUCAUCAUCAAUGUCAAUGGGACCAACUUCGGGAAUCGACUGGUGACCUCAGGGAAACGCUUCGAUGGCAAGGAGUUCAGUGUGAGGAUUGUCUCCGUUGUGUUUCAAGAUGCUGGACUUUACAUCUGUUUUCUGGAACACAAUCUAUUUGUCGACAUUUAUCUAAUCACAGUGAAAGUCACAGCUGAACCAUCUGAUGCAGUGACUGAGGGAGACAACGUUACCCUGACCUGCUCUGUGUCUAACGCCACUGACUCAAUGAGAUUGGUUUGGAUCAAUGGUGAUGGCAAACGUGUUGGAGAAAAGACACUGACUGUGGAAGAGAAAUCACUGAGUCUGGUUAUUCAGAAAGCUGAGAGAGGCAGAGGGAACUGGAGAUGUGUUUUGUUUGAUGAAGACCUGCCCCGGCUUUUUGUCCCGUAUCAGGAGCCCCGUGGAUCAUUAGACAUUUCGUCCUUCACAGACAUUAGGAUCAUCAUUGUUCUGGGGUACUUGGUGAUUAAACUGGCCGUUGCUCCUGGACUAAUUUGCUGCUCGUAGAGGAUGAACAGGAACUGCAGAAGUCCACGGAAAGUUACAGGAAAUGAUACAAACAAUUCAAACGAAGCUGUCGCAUUGCAAACCGUGAAUUCUGACCCAGAUCUGAGGAUCAGAAUGAAUGACCCCGCGCAGAAGAGGCCGUUCAGCCCAUCAGGCUCAUGUCCAAGGAAAUCUGUAUUCCUACAAAAAUAUUGAGACCGAACGGAGACUUUGGAAAUAGAUGUGUGGGUUUAUUGUGCACUUGCUUUGUGCUUGUUUGGUUGUGAUCUCUCCGAACUGUCGUACAUCUGUCAAGUACGCAGACCCCAAAUUAAGGAGACUCCCCCCUCCUAAUCAAGUCCUGGAGUCUGCCCCAACCCCAUCUCUUUUUUCCAGCUUUCUCCCCCGACUCCAUCAGUCCAAAGAAGGGUCCAGACCCGACACGUCACCUGUCCAUUCCCCACCAAAGUGCCGGUAGAACUCGGCAGGUCAGCCAUCCGUGGUGGGAAACGCAUGGAGAAGUGUUCCUAUUACAAGCUCUCCUUGGCCCUGUCAAGAGUGCGGUGUCCAUUCUUGCGAUGAGAUGCAAGGUCUGAGCUGACCAGUCAUCAACAGCCCCCCCCCCCUUCCCUUCCCUUCCCUUCCCUUCCCUUCCCUUCCCUUCCCUUCCCUCG